CGUUUACGACUUGACCGCAACCUUAUGCGGCAUGAACAUUUUCUCGAAAAUCGACUUGGUCAAAGCGUACAACCAGAUACCUAUGGCAGCAGAAGAUAUCGCGAAAACAGCCAUUAUUACUCCUUUUGGCCUGUUUGAAUUCCUGCGCAUGCCUUUUGGUCUUCGGAAUGCAGCACAAACAUUCCAACGCUUUAUGGACGAUGUCUUCCGUGGUCUGAAUUUUGUUCAUGUCUACAUCGAUGACUGUCUAAUUGCGAGUCCAGAUAAGGAAACUCACCUUAAACAUUUGGACCUCGCAUUCGAAAGACUUAAAAAACAUGGCAUCACAGUUAACUUACAGAAGUGUGAAAUAGGAGUUGAAUCACUCAGCUUCCUUGGGCAUACCAUUGACAACAAAGGUAUACGCCCAUUGAGAGAUAAAGUGGCGGCUAUCACAAACUAUCCAGAGCCGACCACUGUGAAACAUCUCCGCACUUUCAAUGGCCUGGUAAGUUAUUACCGAAGGUUUAUCCCUAACUGUGCCUCUGUCAUGAGACCACUCACAGAUCUACUUCGAGGAACUGCGAAGUUCGUGUCUCUGGACAACGCGGCUAGACUUGCUUUCUCCAAAGUCAAGGAAGCCAUUUCGAACGCAACCAUGCUUAUGCAUCAUGACCCCAAUGCUCCUCUGAGUAUUGCUGUUGAUGCAUCUGAUUCAGCAAUUGGAGCAGUUUUGCAACAGUUGACUGACAACCAGUGGCAACCGUUAGCCUUUUUCUCGAGGCGGCUGCAAGACGCGGAAACAAGAUACAGUACAUUUGGUAGGGAACUCCUAGCCAUGUACUGUUCUGUACGCCAUUUUCGACAUUCUGUGGAAGGUCGUGAUUUCAUUAUUUUCACAGACCACA